AUGAUCUCUAGCUCCAAGAAAAGUUUACAAACAAUGGCUGAGGAACAAGCUGCAGCAUCAAACGAAGAGACCGUCACCCUUUUCCUGAUCCCAGCGAACACAACAGAGCCAGUUAAAAAGGCUACCGACAAGCAGCGAGCUGAAAAGAAAGGGUUAGACCGAGCCCGAGAUAAAAGCAAAAUAAACACUGGACCUGUUUUUCACGGGUGCAAGGAGAUACGGAAGCAGAAAGGGUUCAAAACAGAUGCAGAGUUUGCCACAUUUUUGCUGGACAGGGCACAGGAAGUGACAUGUUCUCCAGGUGAGGACAAAGGAGAUGUUUCAACAUCAGAAGAGGAAAGAGCAGAGGAGGGUGACCGUGUCAAUGAGGACUACAUUCCCCCUGUAUCUGUUCGUGCUGGCUGCCUGAAUACUCCUAAGUUGAUCACCAAGCAGGUCACUGCGCAUGGUGCUGUAGAUGCAGAGCCACCACCAAGCACAGAAAAAAUUGAAGUUCAGAGAAACGAGCCUCACCAUCUGCAUGGGAUUCAACACAAGGAUCAGGAGCAAAAACCUGAAAAGAGCUCUCCAGCAGACCAGGCUUCCUGGACACCAGAGGCUUCCUCCGUUCCUCCAUCUUAUGAGCUUGAGCUCACCCCACCUGCCUCAUACAACACCAGGUCAAAGAAAAUACACCUGAAUGAGACGAACGCUGAGGAAAAUCACAGUGAAGACGACACACCUGAAACGCAGGAUCACAACACAGCACCUACAGGAGAAACUCUCAUUCUAAGUCCAGAAGCUACCAGCAUACACAGCAGCUCCCAGGAGCUUUGUAAACCAAAGACCUACCACUGCCUGACCUGUGGAAGAGUGUUCCCCCGGCACAGCUCCCUCAAACGACACCUUGUGAUUCACUCGGGAAAAAGACCUUUCAAAUGCUUCAUAUGUGGGAGAGGAUUCACCCAGGGUGGAAACCUCAAAACACACAUGAAAGUUCACAGAGGAGAGCUCCCAAAGUGGACAUUAAUUCAAGAGAAGAGGGAGCCUAAAGAAUCGCCUGCCACAGUUCACGUGUGUGGGGACUGUGGAAUGGACUUCCCUGAGAAACAUCAGCUAGAGGAACACCGUGAGACUCACAAGAAACCCUAUGCAUGUCCUGACUGUGGAAAGAGAUUCAAACACAUCAAGAGCGUUAAAAUGCAUACGCACAUCCACUCAGGAGAUUCACCUCACCUCUGUUCAGAGUGUGGAAAGAGCUGUGUCACGAUAGAAGUGCUUAAAAAACACAAGUUAACCCACACUGCAGAAAAGAAUUACCACUGUGAUCAGUGUGGGAGGGCAUUUUUGCAAUUCUACAACCUCAAUUUGCACCUCAAGACUCACACUGGAGAGCGGUCUUUUCUGUGCUCAAUCUGUGGUAAAAGUUACUCCAGAGCAGAUACCCUUAAAGUUCACCUGAGAGUUCACACCGGAGAGAACCCGUAUACGUGUAAGAUAUGUGGGAAAUGUUUCUAUUACUAUCAGGGUUAUCAAGCGCAUGUGAAGAUUCAUGACAAGAAGCCAAAAACGGCCACAAGACCUCUGGGAAGACCAAAACAACAGCUGACAUGAUUGAGAGCAUUUACAUUUAGUCUGAGAAGUCUUUGAUUACUAAUGCCCCCUGAAGACACACUCUCCUUUCUGUUAAUCUGACAUCUGAGCAUCCAGAGAUUUAUGCACACUUAUGAAUGUGGCACAGCGGCAGUAAUCUGAUACCUAAUGAUUACCCCAACAUAGAGACAGAAUCUAACAGCACUGUGUGCGUCACAGUGCUGUUAGAUUGCCUGAUCCAUUUAUUAAAGUGUGUAUGAAUACAUUCCCAUAACUGCAGAUACAAUGGGGUCUCUCUGAAUUUCUAAACAGCAAAAAUAAAGCUCAGAAGAAAACUCGGACUUCAUCCAUUAUAUGCUACCUGACACAUCUCACAAAUGAUACACAAUACUGAAGUAUGGUGUCCUGUCCCAUCAGUAUUGUAAGUUUGGCUGAAUGAAGCUGAAAAACGUAAUUAAAAGUGGCUUAGACAGACUGCUGUCACUUUAACAGAAUUAUGAAACCAGCAAUGUUACGUGUCAAUGUUUGACAAGGGCUCAUGUAAAAUAAAAUCUGUCACUUGACUCAAGUUGAAAAAGUAAUCACGUGGUAUAUUUGGUAUGCUUACUCCUGUUGUCCAUAGUGUAGCCAGUAGUUUCUGAUUUACCAAAUCUUGACUUUUAACUUAGCCACAGUGGAAAAGUUUUUAAGGCUUGGGUAGUCACAUACUGGGGUGUACUCCUUGUUGCUAUGCCUUAUCUUAUAAUGACAUCACAACCUAUAAAUACACAG